GUUACGUGCAUGCAACCCGUGUGGAAAAUUGUAAAUAUCGUGAAAAGUGUAACGUGCUGGUAGUGUUAUAAUAUUCCAUCCCUCGUACGUUUAAAGUGUUCAUUAAUUUUUAACAGUUCUUUUUCCUUUCAUACUAUUCGAAUUAAAUUGAAAUUCUAGUGGAAAUUCGAUUAAAUUCUACAAACUCAUUCAUUUUCUGAAAAAUUAUGCAGUGCUUUCAAAAUAUAAAAAACGCAAUGAAAACUAUUUAAAAACAGUAAAUGAUAAGUUUACUGUGCAAAUCACCUCAAAGAAACAUUUUCGUGAUAAAGAAUGCUGUGAAAGUGUUUUAAAAAUAUUACAUGUUGACAUAUAUUGCAAGAUAAAGAGAGGUUAUGUCGUAUCUCAGAAUGAACGAUAUCACAAAAGUUGCGCGUAAACUUUUUCAACGUCAACUUGUUUUUUACAUAUCUCACCGUGAAAACGUUUCAAAAACCUUUCAAAGAGAUAAUAAGGUGUUAUGUGGUAAAUUGAUGGAAACUCUGUCACAGAAGAGAAAAAGGCUGAAACUUGAAAAGAAAGGCAAAAUUGUAUCAACUCCUAAGGAGGGUUCUACAAAUUGGCAGGAAUAUUUUCUCUUCAAAAAUUCCAAAAAGAAUGUUAUCAAAGUAGUGUCUUCUCCAAAAAAUAAUCCGCAGUUAAAGAAAAAAGAGGGAAUAGGAGACGCAAUUAAAGAAUCUAAAUUUAAAGAAUGUAAAUCAAAAGAAACGCCGAAAGAGGUUCCAGAGUUUUUCGACUUGGUCGAAAUGGAAGAUGUCAAUUUAAAGAGUUUUUCUAAUAGUUCCACGGGAGAAAGUCAACUGGAAGUUCCAGCUUUUACGAAAAAGGAACUGAAAUAUGAAUCCAGACAAGAGAGUUUAUCCUCUGGGCUAGGCGAGAUUAAGAAUGAAAAUGCUGGGCGUAUAGUUUCGAAAAAUGUUAUUCCAUCUCAGAUAAUUGUUAAAAAUAUGCUAUCGUUUUCGAUCUUUGAUAGUACAAAAUCAGCGAGAGUUACACAUAAAACUACGCGAGAUAUCAAUGACAUCAUUUCGUUUUCACCAAGUGAAGAUUCAUCGAAUUUAAUCUUGCCAAGUGUAACACGAAUUUUAUCUGCUACUAUGUCGGAAGCUUCGAAGAAGGCUUUGGCUAUUUGGAAAGAAGGGAUGAUUCAGAAAUUGGGGAGAGAAGUAUUCGAUGCGUACCAAAAAGAUUUAUUUAAAGACGGCCACGAUUUGCACAGUUCAAUUGAAAGCAGGCUUCUGCAAAAAGAGUAUGAAAUUCCGGAGAGAGUUAAACCUGCCUUCAAAAGUGUGGAAAAUGUUUUAAAGGAAAUUCAGAGUGUUACUGCUCUUGAAACUCAUGUUGUACAUCCAAAACUCAACUACAGAGGAAUUACUGACUGCGUAGCCACUUACAGAGACGAGUUGUGCCUAAUUGACUGGAAGAAAUCUGAUAAACGGAAAGAUACAAUUAGUUCUGUAUAUGAUGCACCCAUUCAAGUGGCAUCUUACGUUGGAGCUUUGAAUGCGGAUUUAAAGUACCCCUUUGAGAUCAAAAAAGGUCUCGUCGUCGUUGCCUACACAAGUGGAGAAGAAGCUUCUGUCUACGAAUUAGUUCAAGAGGAUUUGUUCAUUUACUGGAAAGCUUGGUUAAGAAGGCUGCAAAAAUAUUUUGUAGAAUUGAAAAAAUAAAGAGAUUAAAAUAAACUCUAGAUAUGAACUGUAAAAAGUUUUAA